GCUCGCUCCCGCUGGGCCUGCUGGUUUGUAUUCCAAUUUUAUUUUAGCAAAAACCAGCAGAAGCAGCGGAACAACCCGUAUUAUCCGUUCAAGUAGGGCCGGAAAUCCCUAGAAAAUCUUUCUUUACUGUUUGCCGACGAUUCCCUGACCGGAACCGGAUGGAGUUGUGAACCCAACAAUAGUGACCCCGCCGGGAAAGUGGAUUGUUUGCGUCGUGCGGAAACCCAAAGUUGUCGUCGUCGUCGCGGGUGAGAAAAAAAAAGUUGUAAAUCUCGCGUGAGUGUCGUAAUUUUCCCGUGAUAGAUUCUCCCAGUUCCGUGGGAAAGAGGUGGCCAUUUGAUAAGUGUUUUUAUCUGAAACUUCCGCGUCACGUGAAACCGUUAUCGAAGAAGGAACCCGCUGAGUUGGCAGAGUGAUUCUCUGUUAUUGCUGAACAACCACUUUUGCUAUUGCAAACUGAGCCAAUAGAAGAAGGGGCUGUUCCGCGUGUAAGUGAAACAAAACAGCAGCCGCCGCCGCCAGGAUGAUGCACGGACAUCCAGCCCCGCCCCAGCACAUGGGCCACCCGCCACCACCGCCGCCCCAUCUAACGCAUCUGACGAGCGUGCCACCGCCGAGUGUGCCGCCCCAGGGACCACGGAUCAACAACAACCGACACCAUCAUCAUCCGCGUGUCCCGGCCGGCGACCACCACCAGCAGACCUUGGGACCACCCCACAUGGUUCCACUGCCCCACCAGCAGCAGCAGCAUGGUGGCAGCCGGAAGCCACACUACGGUAACAACAACGGAAUCGUGUCCGGCGGCGGAAUACCUCCCAAGCACCACAUGGGCAAGACACAGCAACCGUACAACAACAGCAACAGCGGCAGCUACCGGACGAGUGGCCACGGGGUACAUCACAGCGCCGGCGGCAUUCCGGUGGUGUCGGCGGCCGGCAAUCUGGGCACCAAAACGAGGAUGAUUCCUGCGCAUGAACCGAAACCGAUCCACAAUCACACCAACGUGGCCCCACCGGCACCAGUUCCUUCCAGCACCGCCGUACCAACCGUAGCGCAUCACGCAUCACCUGCAGAAUCUUCAGCGCAGCAGCAGAUUCCCGGAGCGCCGUCCGUAUCCGUGACCGUCACGACCGCACCGCAGCCGGCAGGUCCGGUCACGACAACGACCAGCAACAAUGCCGUUGUCGGUUCCGUGCCACCACCUGUCGUCACGUCGGUGCCGCCACCGACCGAAACCGCGGAAGAUUCACAGCAAAUGCAGCCAAUGUCCCAGCUGCUGUCGUCUGUACCAGAAAACUUGGCAAACACUAAAGAGAAAACCCCAAUGUGUUUAGUUAAUGAAUUAGCACGGUACAACAAGUGCCAGCAUCAGUACCGGCUGACCGGAGAGUCGGGCCCGGCGCACAAGAAACGCUUCACCGUCACGCUCAAGCUGGGCGACGAAGAGUACACGGCGGAGGGUCCGAGCAUCAAGAAGGCUCAGCAUAGCGCGGCGAACGAGGCGAUUGCCGCGACCAAGUACAAGCAUCCGCCGGCCAAGAUUAACCGGAUCAAGGUCGGCGGAAAGGCACCGAUCGGGAAUAUUACGCCCACCGUCGAGCUGAACGCGCUGGCCAUGAAGCGGGGCGAACCGACUGUUUACGAAACGGAACAGCUGGUUCCGACGCUGCCGCCUCCUCCGCAUGGCAACUUUUUCACGGCACCUCCGCCACCAAACUCACACUACGGUGGGGGUGGUGGCGGUGGGGGCUAUCAUCACCGUACUAACGGCGGCAUGUACAGCAAUCCGCCACCUCCGGGUGCGGUCCGGUAUGGUGCGCCGGCACCCAACUCGUACAAUCGUCGCGGCCUGAAGCCGGACUACCACUCGCGAGGCUACCUGUACAAUCACCAUCAUCACAUGCAACCGAUGGUCCACCCUGCGCCGGAAUCCUACAAGGUUACGCUGCACGUGGGGGAGAGGACAUUUUUAGGAGAAGGCAUCACACUGCAAGCGGCUCGCCACGACGCCGCGGCACGUGCCCUCGAGGUGCUGAAACCGUUGACGCCGGAAACAACCGGAAACGCCUCUGGUGGCAACUGUCACGACACUUCGAUCGACAGUGACGAUCCCAACUCCGAGCUAAAAUCUCCAAUCUCUCUCGUGCACGAGCUUGCUCUGAAGCGCAAGAUGGCCGUCCAGUUUGAGGUGCACAGCGAAAAGGGUCCGCCGCACAUGAAGGUCUUCACGACGAUCUGCAAGGUGGGCACCAUUGUGACCGAGGGCGAAGGCAACGGGAAGAAAAUCUCCAAAAAGCGAGCCGCCGAAAAGAUGCUCGAUGAACUGCGAAACCUCCCGCCAACGUCCCCGGAGAAGAACGUGCGACCUCCGCUGAAGCCCAAGCGUAAGCUCCCCUUGCCGAAGAAGAAGACCCGCAACCUGAUCAAGGAAAACGGCGAAGAGGAUCCGCUGGACAUGGUCAAUCCCAUCAGCCGCCUCAUGCAGAUUCAGCAGGCUCGCAAGGAAAAGGAACCGGAGUACACGCUGGUGGAGGAACGCGGCAUGGCCCGGCGUCGUGAGUUCAUCAUGGAGGUGCUGGCCAGCGGUAAAACCGCCUCAGGCGUGGGUCCGACCAAAAAGAUUGCCAAAAAGGAAGCGGCCGAAAGUUUGCUCGUGAUGCUCGGCUACGGCCGAUCCACCGUCGCCGCGAACGUCUCCUCACCCAACAAGGAGAACCAGUCGGCGAAUGCGAACGAAGGGGGUGGGGUCGAAAAGCAGCACGGCGGACGUAAGGCUCAGUACAACGAGGGAGGAGCAGCCAAACACGGUGGCAGCGCUGGCCGCCAGAUCGUGCCCGGCGUGCUGCAGUUGAACUCAGGCGUCUCGAACAAAACCAACCAACCGGUUAAGGAGCCAGCGCAGGACGCCAUCGACGGUGGUGAUAUCAAGCCGAUUGCCAUUAGUGUGACGAAGCCGGUUAUCUCAACUGCUUCGAGUGCGACGACAAAUGUUGCAGCGUCGCCGCCAGCGGCAACCACCACCUCCGCCACAACGGGAGGCAGCUCGUCGAAUCCGGACGUCGGUAGAAAGAAGGAGCAGCUCAUGUAUUUGGCGCAGCUGCUCAAGUUUGAGGUCAUGUUCUCAGACUUCCCGAAGGGCAACCACGGCGAGUACCUCACGCUGGUCACGCUGUCCACGGAUCCGCCCCAGCUGUGCCACGGUAGCGGCGCCAGCCUGGAGGAAUCGCACGACGAAGCUGCGCGCGGUGCGCUCGAUAUCCUCAGCAAGAUCGGGCUGGACAACGUGAAGCCGAAGGGAAGCGGCGGCGCGGUCACCGGCGAUGACAAUGCCCUCAAGAUGAUGUUAAGUCAACCCGAGCCAAAGUUCAGCAUUUCGGUUUAUCGCGAUAUAAUCAGAAAUGCAUGGUAUCAACUACUGAAGUUAGAGGAACUGGAAAAACAAAAGAAAAUCAGAGAUAGUGGAUAAAGAUGUGCCCAAGGAUGUACAUGUUUCGUUUGGUUGAACGUCAU